GUGCAGGAAACAAUUCCCAACGAUCUCCAACCCACAAAGAGCGAACGUGUGCAUAAGGCUUUUUAUUAUGCGGCGCGCGGGAGAGCGCGCGCGGAGGUUUCCCAUUCCCAUUUUAGGUACCCAAAAACAGUCCAUCUAUAGUAUAUUUCGAAUCCCUCUCCUCCUCCUUUCUCUCUCUAUCUCUCAACCACGCGCGCGCCAUGGCGACGACGAGCCCGACCCCGGGAGCUCCUUCGAUUCCCCUCCGCAAUGUCGUCGCCGUGUUCUUCUUCUUCUUCCUCGUGCUGUUCUCGGCGCCGGAUCUAGGGUUCGUCGCCGCGGACGAUACGUCCCUCGACGACGACUCCUCCCCCAAGUUCCCCGGUUGCAGCAAUAAAUUCCAAAAGGUUAAGAUAAGGAACUGGGUGAAUGGUGUUGAAGGUGAAAGCCUAGUUGGAAUAUCUGCCAGGUUUGGUGUCCCCUUGCCAAGCCAUGAUUCCGAAGUGCUGAAAAAGAAAGCUGUUCUUGCAAAUCCUUUGAAUUCUUGUACUAAAUCAUCCACAGAGUUAUCAAACUCUAUUGUAAUGGCCAAGCGUGGAGAUUGUACCUUUGUCGAUAAAGCGAAAAUUGCACAGUUGGGAUCUGCCGCAGGCUUACUGUUGAUAAAUGAUAAUGAUGAUCUUUCCAAGAUGGUUUGCACUGAAAGUGAUAUUCCGGUUAAUAUUUCAAUUUCUGUUGUCAUGAUGCCCAAAUCAGAUGGGGAGGAUAUUCAGAAAUCCUUGGAAUCAGGGGAAAAGGUGGAUAUACUAUUGUAUUCUCCAACCCGACCUGUCAUUGACUUCUCUAUAAUCUUUCUGUGGUCGAUGGCUGUUGGAACCGUCAUUUGCGCUUCACUUUGGGAGGAAUUCACUUCAUGCGGACAGGAUCAAGUUAAAUCUGAUCCGAAUAACAAAGAAGAUUCGGAGGACAUCUUAGAAUUAAAAGCAAAGGGAGCUAUUGUCUUUGUUGUGGCGGCUUCUCUACUUCUUAUAAUUCUAUACUUCUUCAUGUCCUCCCGUUUUGUUUGGAUCUUGAUUGUGUUGUUUUGCAUUGGCGGUACCGAGGGAAUGCACUUUGUUAUAGCUUCUCUUACGACAAGAUUUUUCCCAGCCACUGGCCAGAUGACAGUAAAUCUGCCCUGUUUGGGGGAAGUGUUGGUUCUGUCUCUUUUUAUUUUACCCCUUUGUUUUGCAUUUGCUAUUUAUUGGGCUGCGACACAGGGAUCACCAUAUGCCUGGAUUGGCCAAGACAUUCUUGGUAUCUGUUUGAUGAUAACAGUAUUGCAACUGGCCCAGUUACCAAAUAUAAAGGUUGCAGCGGCACUUCUUGGCACUGCAUUCUUCUAUGAUAUAUUUUGGGUGUUCUUAUCACCACUUAUAUUCCACGAAAGUGUUAUGAUUGCUGUUGCACGUGGCAGCGGCAGUGGACCAUCCAUUCCGAUGGUUCUUAGGUUACCUAAACUUUUUGAUCCUUGGGAUGGCUAUGACAUGAUUGGCUUUGGCGAUAUUCUUUUCCCUGGCCUCCUUGUUUGUUUCAGUUUCAGAUAUGAUAAGUUGACAAAAAAGAGCAUCAGAGACGGUUACUUUCUUUGGCUAAGUAUUGGUUACGCAUUUGGCUUGUCAGCAACAUAUCUUGCUCUUUUCCUAAUGAAUGGGCAUGGACAACCUGCCCUGCUCUACCUAGUUCCUUCUACUUUAGGUCUUAUAAUUAUAUUGAGUGCGAAAAGAGGAGAACUAAAAGAUCUCUGGAACUUUGGGGACGGUCGGUCGAGCACUCGUACUGGAGAGGCUUAGUUGUAUAGGAAAUUGAACAAGAGAUUACCAUUAAUCUCCAUAUAUCAAGAUAAUGUUUAAGAAGAAUCCUGAAAGUGAUGAUUCUUAAAUUAUCGGAUCUGUUCGAGAUGAAUACGACUUCUGAAGGUUGUGGUGAUGAACAUGAUCCAAUGAUGUGCUGAAAUUUCUUGGUCCUGAUGUACAUUGUCUUUUUUUUGUUGAAAUAUCUAAUUGUAUGUUGAGUAACAAAUCUGAGUCUCCAUAAAUGUAUUCUGCUGUAUUCUAAUGCAGUCAUGUAAUAUGAGUAUCUGUAACAAGUUAUUUCUCAUUCUUCUUUUUGACUCUAUCAUUCCUCAUCUUUUUCGAUUCUUUUUUUCCUUUCAUUGGCAAACCAAAAAGAAAAUGUAAAUGUGAAGCUUUCAUGAGACAAAGUGUUGUUGUGGU